AUACGUUACAGGAUGACGUAUGUGUGUCCUUUCAUGUGGCUGAGACUGAAGCCGCUUCUGCAAGUCGGUGCCAUUCAUUCGUUGACAACAUGCGCUCACUCACGACAGAGCGAGAAAGAAACAAGACAGGAAAUGGCCUCGUGGAGGAAGGCUGCCGAUGAGGGUCAUGAAACGGGUACGUCCUUUUUCAGCACAAUGGACCUCAUCGCGGCGGCUUGUUCACUUCGGGACCAGCCAGCUGGGGACUGGUGCUGGUGUCCAGUCCAAUCUAUGAUCAAGCUCUGGGGUCCACUUUUGUCUCGAUCACGAACGUGCUGUUUCCGCACCCUC